CAGAGGAGGACCUUAGCUCUGGAGUCAGUUGACUUUGUCGCCAGGGAAAUGCAUUUUAGAGUGCAAAGGGAGUGAGCUGAGCCCUGCCGAGCUGAGAGAGGACCAUCUGAUAUCUUCUUCAGUUGACAGACAAUUCAGAAGUUAAGGACAGACCAAGUAGAGGAAAGAAAGGGCCGACUAGUCCAAAGGAGACUUAAACGAAGACGAGGGUAGGCCUCUAUCUCUGAAGAUGGAACAGUCUCCGCAGAUUUGGCACAUGCAGUUCCCCCCCCAGGACACUAGUGGAGAGCUGAAGAAGAAGGUGUCAGUCAUGAGCCAGCCGGAGUGCUCCAUCUGCUACAACACCUACGACAAUGUCUUCAAAACACCAAAGCUGCUUGAGUGCACCCAUACCUUCUGCCUGGAGUGCCUCUCCCGCCUCAUGGCAGUCUCGCUGGCUGACCAGGACAGUAACGGCAGCAGCAAUCGCCUCUCUUGCCCCUUCUGCCGUCACCCCACCACGCUGCCAGAGGAGGGACCUCCGGCCUUGACAACCAGCCGUGAGGUCCUCUGCAAGCUGCCCAGACACCAGCAGCAGGAGGAGCCUGUGUGGCUUGAGGGGGAGAAGCUGUGCUAUAAAAGCUCAAUACAUGACGCCGACUCUGGCACCCCUGAGAGUCCCAAGGCCCUCUGCAUCUGCAUUGACAUUGGGGCAACGAAAACAGUGGAUGCUCCGAUCCAGACGCAGCCCAGAACUUUUGGUAUGCUGUACCGGCUGGCGGACUGGAAGAGGAUGGUGCUCUUCAUCGUGCUCAUGGUGCUGCUUGUUGUAGUGGUGUUGUGGCCGUUGCAGUGUGUAUUCAGCACUGGGAACAUGCGCUGUAUGCGAGAACAGGUCGAACCCCAAACCACCACAAUACCUACCACUGCUUUCAGCCCGUCCACCAGACCACCUGGUCUGACAGAGUAAAUUUACAGACUGACUGUACAUCAUUUUGGACAUUUUUUGUGCAUACUCUCAUUUUUUCUGAGGGUACAUUGUAAUUGCCACCUCAGAUUUUAAGAUGUCUGACUUUAGUGCCCCCCAGAGUUGGUUAAAAAAAAGACAGUGUGGCAGACCCCACCAGUGGACCGAGAUGAAAGGGCUGAAAGUAACACGGACUGCACCAAUUUUACCUACAAUUUUGUGUUAAUGUAUCAUUAAAAAUUCCCCAUUGUAUCGAAGCCAAACAGUGCUGAAGUGAACUCUGCUUUGCAAAUAUUUGGUUGGGUAAAAAACAACAAAUACUCAAGUUUAUUGUAAGAAAAAAAAGGUAUUUUCCAAAAGAAAAUGAAUGUAAGCCCAAUGUGCCAACCAAAAACUCAAACUUAUAAUGUACAUGUGAUUUGUACAUUUAGAUAUGUCCUUGUUUAACAGCACUAUAAUAAAAAAGUGAGGUAUUGGCUCAGAUCAUGUUUCUGGGAAAUGACAGCCUCAUUAUUAUGAUUGAUAUUAUUUUAUUGUGAUCUGUCAUGUUCAUGAAUUUUCUCUACGUCUUGAAAACUAAAUUUACCGCAGCAUCAGUUAGUGGUUUAAUCUCCCCUCAAAUAUCACACAGCUCCCGACGUGCUUCAACGGAAAUUAAAAAGAAGUGUUAGUUAAGGGGUCAACUUGCCAAGCAGUCGAGCCCUUUACUGGCUGCGGGUUGUCAUUUCCUCCCUAUCUGAACCUUAGACACAUCACUAUAAAACCGAAGCCCUCCUUUGCCUUGACAGGAAGUUGCCUUUAUUUAUUCCUGGAUUAGGUGUGUCCGAUAAAGGAAAAGUUAGGAUGUGGGGUUUUUCCAAGUAGCUCACUUAUGACACAUGGUUGAUAAGAAAAGGUAAUUGAGGUGGGACCAUAACAAAAAUGCUACUUCCUGGAGCACCUUGUUAACUGCCAGGAAACAUUGUCUAGUUAACCAAUAGAAAAAAGGCCUAGUAAUGGCUUCGAAAUGGGUUGGGGAUUUUCUUUUUUCCUCAAUGAAUGAAG